AUGCUGAGGGACAUGACGAGGAGAAACUCCCCUAAGGUUAGGGCCAGGCCUGCGUGCUUCCCCUUCAAGUCCAUUGCAGACCUGCUGGAAUUUAAUAAUGCCACCGACGAGCUGUUCGACGAUGUCGUCAACUAUCUCGCAUAUCUUGGAGGUGCGAAUGUGCAGGACGAAGCAAACUUUUAUUUUAAAAGUUGCUUCGAAUUAGAUAACGACCUCUUCCGGAAUUUGUGUUGGCAUGGCUCCAAGAAGAACCGCGUCAAGGUGGCUCUCAAGUCGACGCGUUUUGCCGAAGCUUGCGAAGCUGCUAUGAAUCUUAACAAGGAUGCUAUGGAGAAGCCCACCUUGGACAAAUUUUCUACUGCCAUGACAAAGGCAAUAAAGAAUGCGAAGGAAGGUUUUCGCAGGAAGAGAGCUGCUGUAAACGAGCUGGAAGAGCAGCCUCCGCAACGUCGUGCUCGUGUUCUUCUGCCGAGGACCAAUCCUACAAUCGCACCUGCCAACGUCGAAGAAAAGAACGAGGACGCUGAGGACGAGGACGCUGAGGACGAGGACGCUGAGGACGACCCUGCAGGGGAGGACCAGCAGGAGGAGCAACCCGAGGAACAGGACUACGAGCGCAACGAAACCAACCUCAACGCCCUGCACUAUGUCGACAAUGAAAAAUUGGUCAACGACGACGCGCAAGAUGACCCUGACGAGGACUUGGAUCUCUUUGCCAGCAUAAGUUAA